UUCACUCUUCUCAGUCAUGGACUUCUCUGCACAGGAAUAAAAUCAGAGUAUCCAGAACCACGAUGGUCAAGAUUGCAGUCGUCAAUCAGACUCCUUACACCUGGUACUUUGCCAAAGAGGAAAAGGGAGUGUAUAAACGCAUCGGUCCUCACAGCAGAAAUUCCUAUGAGGAGUCUCUGGCAAUCCAUCGCUACAUCUACAUCAGAUAUGGAAAUCACUCAAAGUAUUGUUUUAAAUAUGAGUUCAACUCCUAUAAACAUAGAGGCAACACGUCUUUUAUCCUAAAGGAAACCUUCAGCCGUUCCCAGAUUCAGUUGACCUGCACCUCUGAGAGCAGCGUUCAUCACUGUCCCAACUAUGGAAAAAAUGAAGAAGAUAAACGGAGACAGCAAGAAGAGGAGAAAAGGCGUCUGGAACGUUUGGAACGUGAGCAAAGGAUUCAACAGGAGCUGGAGAGAGAGAGUGAACUGUCCAGACGCAAGCUUUCUCGAGCAACUGAGCGGCUUCGUGAAAAACAGAGCUUCAGAGGUCAUGAGAAACAUCAUGAACGCACACAAGUUCUCCAUCAGCAAAUAGAAGAUGAUGCUGCUGCGAUUGAGUGGAACGAGGUUCAUGAUGUUGAAGAAAAAUUCAAAGACAUUUUAUUAAAGUACCAGAUCACAGAAGAUAAAGAAAUACAGCAGCACCAGAUUUGGAGCAGGAUUAAGAUACUCCAGAAUGAACUUGCAGUUCAAUAUUGUAGAGAAAACAACCUUUCAGUAUGGUCUCAGUUUACCUUUGAUCAAGCUGUAAGAUAUAACGAACUGUCUCUUACAGAGAAGCUCACAGUUCUUGAGGCAUCUCUACAGUUCAUCAUGCAUGCUAGCACUGAAGAUGCUAAAGAUGAUGAAGAUCAGCCGCUUGGUUGGGAGAAGUACCACUUUUUCUUGGGUUUGGUUGAGCAGCUCCAUUUCACAAGUCCAACUUUGGCCGAACAUAUUUUAUUAAAUGUACUUGACACGAUCUCAGAGCUUUCACCACAAAGUAGGGAAAUUUUGGGUCAAAUGUUGUUCAACAGAAUCUGGACACCAACAGAAAUAAUGCUCUUACUUAGCAGAAGUCCAACUAUUAAUUGCCAUCCACUCGAUUCAGUUCUCCACACAGCACAAACCUACCACCUGGACUGCAUCGUCGUUCUCUCUGCUCUUAUGGAUAAAACCCCAUUGGAGUUUCUUCAAGAACAAAUAAAAAACGACAAGGAAAAAGAUGCUGAUACAAUUGUGAAGGAACUUCAUGAAGCAAACUGCCCAGAGAAAGUCUUGGUUCUGUUGAAGGAUGUUCUUAGAGACAUGGAGUUGGAACUCCCAAAAUAUCAACUGGUGGACCUUACCAAAGAACAAAUUGCUGAAUUGAAAGGAAAGAUAAGAUCUCUUAAUUUUACAAACCUAGAUACAGAUAUAGAUAAAGAUAAAGAAAUAAAACUUUUGAAAGACGUAUUAAUUGGGAUGUCAGUAGUAGUGCAAGACUGUUCAACAAUCAUCACAAAAGACAAUGAGAAAAUUGAAGGCUAUUUUCCAAGACUCACACAACUAGCAUCAUUGCUUUUGCUCCUUCUUGCGCAGGUGGCAGAAAAUAAAGGAUGUCUUCUAGAAAUUGGCACAGGUGAGGGCAAGUCCUGUAUCUUAGCCAUGUUUGCAACAAUUCUGGCUAUUCGUGGAACAAAAGUGGACAUUGUGACGAGCUCUCCAGUUCUCGCCCGAAGAGACCAAGAAGAGUGGCAAAAGUUUUUUGAAAUGUUUGGUGUCACCUCAUCUGUCGUACCACCACAUUUCUCAAGUGACUAUUCACCAGAGAAACAAGAGGAAUGUCUUAAAGAUGCUUACCGGCAGCAAAUAGUAUAUGGCACAGUGGGAGCCUUUGCAGCCGACACACUUAAACAGGAAUUUGAGAAGAGGACUACUCGCGAUGCAAGGCAGUUUGAGCUUGUAAUAGUGGACGAAGUGGACUAUAUGACCCUGGACAAUGGAGUUCAAGUAACAUUCUUGUCCCAUGAAUCUAGUGGACUCAGGCAUGUGGAGCAAGUGCUUUCCAACAUAUGGACCAUGAUAUCUAGUUGCCAACCAAUUGAAAUGCUUGAAACAGGAGAGGUAAAAUGGGCCACAAGAAUACAAUACUUUCAUAAAGCCACAACGGCAGCCAUUAUGGGACUGGAAACAUCAGACAACUUUUCUGCAAAUGAGAUCUUGUUGCCCGGAGUGACUUUGGGAUUCUACACACAUGAAGAUCUUGAAAUGAUACAUCAAGCUGAAAGUAAGAAAGAAAAUGAAGCUGAUGGGAAUGAGGACAGAAUGUCCAAAGCAUUAUCUGAAGUUAUGAAAAAACUGGGAGUUUCACAACAGUAUGAUCUACUGAGUAUAUUUGAAGAGGUCUUGGAAAACAGUGUAGUAUUUAAGCGCUAUUCCUUAGAGAACAAGAAAGUCAAAUGUUUUGAGUCUCAGGAAAAACAAGGUGACCUUAAAGUUGAAAUGCUACUGUUGGAAGGAGGACUGGCAUGUGAAAUCAUGUCUGAGAAAUUGCUCAUUGAUGCAACUGUAAGCACAAUAAAAUCGUCCAUCAAGUACUCAGAUAACCUCCAGACAGCCAAAGAAUCUGACAACUUCAUUGUCAUCCCUGUUUUCUUGAAAAGCUACGUUGAGAAUCAGUUACCGGUGUUUGUUGAGAAUGCACUGAAGGCUGUUGAGAUGACCCGUGGCAGAGAAUACAUGAUUGACAUCUCGCCGGCUGCUGAAAAAGACAUUACCAACAGUCAAGACAGAGACAAGUAUAAUGCAGUAAUUCCAGUGGACUUCAAAGCGAGCGGUGUGCUGGAGAAAAACAAGAAGUGGGGUAAUGGUCUGCAACAAUUUUUAGAGUUCAAGCACCAACUUGCAAUUUCACCAUUAUCCAAUGUGACAAAUUACCUGUCAAAUUUCCAUUAUUUCAAAAGGUACCUCCGUGGGAGAGGUAUAUUUGGUGUUUCUGGUACAUUAGGAGGUAAAGCAGAUCAGGACUUUCUGGCAAAACACUAUAAAGCAACAAGCUACAUUGUACCUGCACAUCGUCAUAAAAGGGUGGUGGAGCUACCAGUCAUUCAGGUGAAAGGUGGAAAUCACCAAUGGAUCCAGACUAUUUGUGAAACUUCAUGGAAAGUAGCAGAGAGAGGACAAGUUGUCUUGGUAAUUUGUGAAGAUGUUAAAACAGCAGAUGAGCUAUACAAGAAAAUACAAGAUGAAGGCAGAUUUAAGACAGAACAGAUUACCUUGUACACAAUCAGUGAAAAGCACAACAUUGAAAGAGAGAAAUUCUGUGCAGGCAGAAUUAUCAUUGCUACAAAUCUGGGAGGACGGGGGACAGACAUAAAGGUUGAUGAAAGUGUGAAUAAGUGUGGUGGUCUUUUUGUUCUUCUUACUCAUUUUCCACACAACCGAAGAGUCGAGAAACAAAUAUUUGGUCGUACAUCUCGAAAAGGCAAUCCUGGGAUGGUCCAGAUGGUUUUGAACUGUGAUCAUCUCGCACCGGCUUACCAAGGUCAGUCUAUAGAAAUAAUGCGCCAGCUAAGAGAGGAUUAUGAAAUUAAACGAAUCCAAGACAUGGAAAAUGACGAGCUGGUUGAGAUAAACCUAAAGGAAAAUCUAUUCUCCAGGUUUUGUGAAUUGCUUGAGAAAUUUGAUGAGCAUUACUUAGAGAAUGAAAAACUGGAUCCCAUGCGAAUGCAGCUCAAUAAUAUUCCUGAUUGCUUUAAACAUCAUCAGCCUAAGUUUGAUUAUCAGCCUGCCAUCAGUGCACUGAAAGAAUCUUGGGCCUUGUGGCUAACCCUUCAUGAGGAUCACAUCAAUAGGCAUGAUGACUUUGGACAACUUGAAGCAGACCUUAUCAGGACAAUAAAUGAAACAAGUGGAAAGCUGCUGCGAGGAGAAUGUGAUAAUUUCUAUGAUCAUGUCAAACAGGCAAUUGUUAGAACUGAUCUACACUGCCGUGAAAAAUCCAGCAAUGAUUACGGAGCUAAAUCCUGUUGGCAAAAAGUUGUAAACUCUGAUCCACACUACAGGGCUGUGGCACUGUAUAACCAGGCAUACAUCACUAUUAACCUCGGUAAAGGUAACUAUAAAGCAGAUGCUAUGAACCUGCUGAAAGAUGCAAAGAAAUCCAUUGACGUCUACAUCUCUGAAGUCUCAAACACAAUGGUCUCAUGUAACUUAUCAGUCACUGGAAACAAAGAUCAGAGCACAGAGAGCAACAACUUUCAGACUCAAAUGGAGGCCAGAAUGAACAUUUUUAAGUCUUGGAUGACAUACAUUGAUAAUGCAUUGAUUAGACUUAAAGAGCUGGAAAAAGACAAAAAGAGUAAAGCCAUUACAGAGGAGUGUUCAGUCUACAUGCUGUCGGAAGAAAAGAACUUCAUCAUCACUAAUGAGCUGAGAUCCUUAUAUGACUAUGGCCUUGGUGUUGUUUUUGAGGUGAAAAAGAAGCCAGAGUUUUGCUUUGAUGCUUUGAUAUGUUUCAUACUCGGCAUGGUACAGGUUCUUGCUGGGGUUCUUGUUUGCGCGCUGACACUUGGAACAGCUACCCAGUUUGGAUUGGGCCUGAUUUCAGAAGGAGUGAACGACAUGAUCAGUGGAGUAGAGGGGAUGAUAAAGGGCACAUUCGAUUGGGCAUCAUGGGCAAUAUCUAAGAGUAUCAGCAUUGGGCUUUCUUUGAUAACGGCUGGCUUUAGCAACAUCAAGAAAGCAGUUACCUCAGUGUUUAAAGUGACAAAAAGUCUCCUCAAUGGUACAAAGUCUUUUUCUUCUGUUGCAUCUGAAUUCAUCAAAUCAGGAAAGGCAAUGUUUACUUCAUUCAAAGGAGGUGUUCAGUCUGGUUUAUCAUCCGUCAGUAAGGAAUCUUUUAAGUCUGCAAUGAAAAAUAUGACAUCUUCUACAGUGGUCAAAGAGAACUUCAAAUUUGCAACAAAAUAUGUAGUUCAGGAAAUUGGGAAACAGUCUGUGCUUACUGCCAUGAACCAUGUAAUGGAUACAACCCUUCAGGAAUUCUUUAAGACGAUUUUACAAAGCAGCUUUAAGAAUGAUGUUACUUCAUUAGUCGAGCAAAGCAGUGAACUGGAUCUGAAUCUUGUAGAGUUUAUCAGCGCAGGCAUUCCGAAGGCUGCACUGACAAUAGAGGAUUUCAAGAUUGACCCGGCUUAUGAGAAGCAAGUUAAAGAAUCAGUUGGCAUGCUCUGUGAAGAUGUAAUUCCUGACCUCAUACUGGACUGUACCACAGCACAGGAUGUUAUCAGUAAACUCUCUGAGGUGUGUGAAAAAGCAGAAGAGCUUAUGAAUAAAGCCAAACUGUCAGGAGUAUAUGGAAAGGCAAAGCUGGUUCUGAAAGUAGCUGAGUACUCAGCAGGUUUCACUCAAAUACUGGGUGCCAUACCAACAAAAGAGUUAAUACAAAAUACAUUUGUUCCUGAAUUAUUGGAGAACAUCAGUGAGCUUCAUAAUGAAAUGACAAAGUAUGACCAAGAUGGACGACACAAUUUACAUGAUGUACAGCGCCUUAAAGGUAAACUUCUUCAGACAAUUGCCCAGAAUGUGUCUGACCAAUUCAUAAGUUCCUGCUCUACACAUAUAUCUUCUUUAAUAAAGAGCAUAUUUAAGAGUCACUUGAACAGUGCUGCAGGAAAGGCGCUGGACCACGUCAUGCACAGACAUAAAACUCAGCGCUUCUUUGAUGACCAGAGGGAAAAACACAACAAGAGAUCUGCGAGCCACAAGGAAGUGGAACAGCUGUCAGAUGAGGACAAAACAGAGCUAAAGCAGUAUACAGAAGAUAUGUGCAAAGCUGAUCAGCCUACUACAGCCCUUGAUGUGUACGUGCUCACAAAAAGCAACCUGCUCGGUGGAAAAGGAAUUGAACUCAUUGUCAUUGAUGAAAAUGGAACACAGCUCACUGUGGAACGUUUUCCAGGAACCAACAAAUCAGCAGGCGAUAUAAAAUUGAAAUUAAUCAAACCUGCAAAAUCCAUUCAUCCAUCACAAAACAGGUCUGAUACAGAGCUGUACAAUGGCUGUUUUGACAUUGUACAGGAUGAUGGCAGGAUAGUCAGCGUUAACUCAGAUCAUCAGAACGCUCUUUAUCAUGCUGUAGCACAAGCAACUGUCAGCGAAACAAAGGACCUAAAGACGGAAGCUUUGAUGCUACGUAUGAAAGUUAAAAAUGAGAUCCAGACAAACCUUGAGCUGUACACACCCCUGCUUAUUCUCCAGAGAGGAUAUGACUUCUGUCACAAAAACCCCAGUAAAUACAGCAUAACUGGAGGAAGAAUAAAGAAGACCGACAAUGCACUGCAGAAAUACUUACAGAGUGUUAAAUCCAUCAGAUGUGGUGAUCGAACCUUGAUCAGAAUGUACCAUCUCGGAUUUGUUGGUGAAUAUAAAAGUGUUGUAAGUGCUCGGAGGUCUGGUAAGAAGACCACAGGGACACUUAACACAAGCCACAUUCCACCAAAGGACUCCAUCAGACUUGCUGAGUCUGCCAUAGAUAACCCAGACUCAGUGAGUGAGCUUAAAAAUAAAAACCUGCCGCUUUAUAAACUAAUCAGCAGCAUGAAGACAGACAGUAAUGGAUGGAACCUGAUUGCCAUGGAGGUUCUGGGACAAGACCACAGACGAGCUCUAACUACGGGCCCAAGCAGCCUCUCAAAGACGGCCAGGAAACUUCUAGCAGACACUAUAAUUAAUGGAGACGCAGAGCUUCUGCUGAAACGCUGCAUGAUUCUGCAUCACCCGCUCACCUCACAAAAGCUGAGAGAAGCUCUAGGUGAAAGCAUUCCCUCUCAGUGCCACGUUUUGUCCGAUGAAGGUAUCCGAGGCUACUACAAAGUAGGAUACAGAAACCUGGUGUCAGAGUACAGCCGCAUGGGAAUCCUGGAUCAGAACCAGUGUGAGCGUCUGGACGAGUGGGUGACUCAGGACCAGCACGAGGACACCAACACUGCAGAGUACAGCCAGGUUCUGCAGGGGCUACAGUGUUCUAGAACACAAGAUCUCCUUUAUGAUACAUGUGAUGAUGACUAUAGAAAGCAGGAAUUUACUAAUCUCUAAAACUGCAUUCAAGGCAAACAAAAAUAAAAUAAUAUCAAGUAAAGAUAUAUCGUUUUGUUGGUAGAUUAGUUUGGUCUUUUUAAGGAUUCUUUUUUUUUAAAAUAAGAUUAAAUCAGUAAAAGAUUCUAGAAAUACUGUGUUCUCUUGAAUAAAAUCUAGUGUUUUAUUGUAGUUACUUGUGUUUGCAUGAUAACGAUGUUCUAAUGUGUGUGUUUGGGGUUUAAGCAUUUAGAAAAUCAGGGUUAUUCCACAUUACGUGAAUUGAAGUCAAACAUAGGAAUGGUGUUGGGUUGGGAUUUAAUUUCUAAUAUAUGCAACAGGAAUAAAACCUAUAAACAAAUGUUCAUCUUCUCUUCAGUAUUGCUCUGUAGUGUAGAACAGGAACAUGUUUCAAGCUCCUAUUCUGAUUAAAGUUACAAAAACACUGUGAAAUCAUUAAAAAUGUGUACGGAUUUUAUAAUCCCAUAUUUUCUUCAUAAUCUGUAAAAUUAAUCUCCAUUUGUUUUGUUAUUAAUCUGCAUAAUGCUGGUGAAUGGACUUGUACUUGUAACUGAUUGUGUUUUCUGAAAAUGUGCCAAAAAGUUUAAUUAGAUUUUUGUUCUUAUUUCAUUCUUAAAAUGAGAUAAUCACUCAUUAUCAUAUAAUUAACAGGGAAAAUGGGACAGAGAAAUAUGAUUUAACAUAUGGAGUUGAUUAACUAGAGAAAAGGUGAAAAAUAAAAUGGAACAGUUUGGAGCAGUAAUGUUUUUAUAGUUAUUGGCUUUUAGAUGUUUGACUUAAUCACUCUGUAGUCAAUGUGUAUAAAUGCUAAUAAAUCUAAUAAAAUGCUUAAAACUUG